UGCACCCGCUACCUGCGCACCGUGGAGAACCUGAGCGUGGAGCAUCGCGUGCUGUCCCGGGAUCCGUCCGCUGAGCUGGAAGUGAAGCAGCCUGACUCGGGCAUGUCCUCGCCCAACACCACCAUGUCCGUUCAGCCGCCGAACUUCGAUCUGAGCUCGCCCACCAGCACCCUCUCCAACUACGACUCCUGCUCGUCCAGCCACUCGAGCAUCAAAGGCCAGCGUCCUCCUCGAGGGCUCCCCAGUGCGAGAGCUGCAGACAUACAGAGCUACAUGGACAUGCUGAACCCCGAGCUGGGCCUGCCUCGGGGCAAGAUGGGG